UCAUUUUUCUUUUUGUAGUGUGAUAGUCUCUUAGAGAGUAAAUUUCAUUAGGUUAUUUCAGCUUCCGAGCUACAUUGCUAUGUCUCUGUCUCCUCCUGCUCCUCGAGGAUCACUGGGCAAAAAAUGACUACUUCAGCUCGUACGAUGGACGAAAUUUAUCAGGAAAGGAAAUUGCUAAAGCAUGUUCGUGAUAAUGUUCAUGGCAACAUCUUCCUCGAGCCGAUCUUCUUGAAGUUUGUUGACACACAACAAUUUCAGAGACUCCGUGAUUUGAAGCAACUUGGUUUAACUCACAUGGUUUACCCCGGGGCUGUACACUCUCGUUUUGAGCAUUCACUGGGUGUUUAUUGGCUGGCCGGCAAAGCUGUAGAUAUUAUUAAAAGAUACCAAGGCCCAGAGCUUGGUAUUGAGCACUCUGAUGUACUGACGGUAAAACUUGCUGGUCUACUUCAUGAUAUUGGCCAUGGGCCAUUCAGUCACACGUUUGAGCGCCAGUUUCUUCCCCAGCUCCUUAGUGGCUACCCAUGGUUCACAUUAUUUCAACAAGGAUACAUACAUCAUGGCUCUUCCAGAGUAAUGUCUCAUGAAGAUAUGUCUGUAAAGAUGAUUGAUUACGUUGUUGACGAGCACAAUAUUGAUAUAGAUCACGAAAUUCUCAAGAAAGCCAAGGAAAUGAUUAUAGCUAGUCCUGAUCGUCCUUCACAAAGAGAAAAACAAUUCUUGUAUGAUAUUGUUGCAAAUGGUCGCAGUGGAAUUGAUGUCGACAAGUUUGACUACAUUGUUCGUGACACCCGUGCUUGUGGCCUAGGAUGCAGCUUUCAGCCUGACAGGUUGAUGGAGACGAUGCAAGUUGUUGGUGACGAAAUAUGUUAUCGUUCUAAAAAUUAUCUGACAAUUCACAAGCUAUUUGCGACCCGUGCUGACUUGCAUCGGACAGUCUAUGCACAUGCGAAAGUGAAGGCAAUAGAAUUAAUGGUGGUAGAUGCAUUGGUAAAAGCUAAUCCGUAUCUCAGUUUGACGUCCUCAAUUCAUGAACCAUCUGAGUUUUGGAAGCUAGAUGACUCAAUCCUUAAAACAAUUGAAACUUCUACCGGAAAAGAGCUCAAGGAAUCUAGAGACCUCAUUCUUCGCAUUCGCAGAAGGGAUAUAUACCAGUUCUGCAAUGAAUUUUCUGUUCCAAAGGAGAGGCUUGAGCACUUCAGAGGCAUCACACCUCAAGAUAUUGUUUGCUCGCAGGUAACAAAUGGCAUCACUUUGAAAGAAGAUGAUGUCGCUGUAUGCAAUGUUAAAAUUGAUUUGACAUGUGGAAAGGAAAACCCUCUUGAAAGAAUAAAGUUUUUCAAGGACUACGGCGGGGAUCAAGAAAAAUUUCCCAUCGCGGAAGACCGUAUCAGUCACUUGUUGCCAGCAUUUUACGAAGACAUGAUAGUGAGGGUUUAUAGCAAGAGGCCUGAACUGGUGGGAGAUGUUUCUGCUGCCUUUGAAAAUUAUCAGCUCAAGACCUUCGGAAGGAAGGCGCAAGUUCAUGAAACCCCCAACAAGAAAAAGCGACGAAAAUGAUUGUUUGCAUAUUCAUCCAUCUUGAAGCUUGUAAAUAUUGGUUCCCUAUUCUCUAACGAUUUGUCUCCAACGGCUUCCUUACACAAGUUUGCUAAUUGCCACUUGAUAUAAAUAAUGCCCUCACCCUCCAUUUGUCUAUAGACUUUAUGGCACAUGUGAAAUUAAGAAUGUGUAUUAUGCCUGAAUGCUUGAUCAGCCUGACCCUACCCAAGGCAUUUAGAUACAUUAGGCAGAGCUUCAAGCCAAACACUGAGCAGGAGUCAAACCUUGCCCUACUUGGUUUGAACAUGUGCCAAGUUUUUUUUUAAUAAUAUUUUUAUUAUGGUUUUUUUUAA